AGUACAAGGGGUAAAUCAGUCUACUACAGUAAAAAACACCAAUUUUUAAACAGAUUAGAUUCACAAAAGCAAGAUGUCUUCCCUUGUCCAUGCUCUUGCCAUUCCAUAUCCCUUAGAGUCGCAUAGUUAUGCCAUGGCUGAUCUCUGCAUCAAGCUGGCUUCUAGGGGAAUCACCAUCACCUUUGUCUACACAGAGGCCCUAUGUCACUGUAACACAUAUAUUGCUGAUAUUGCUCAAAAAAAUGGCCUUGACAUUCGUUCAGCAGAGAUCUCAGAUGGGUUGACAUCUGAUUUUGAUAGAUCUUUGUACAAUGAGAGUUUUCUACAGUCUGUACUUAACUCUAUGAUUGAACCAGUACAGCAACUAAUCCUUACUGUGAAUACGAAGGACCGUCCAAUCUCUUGCAUCAUAGCUGACUCUUUUCUUCCUUGGGCAGUUCUUAUUGCAAAGAUGCUCACCGUUCCUCUUGUUACUUUGUGGACGCAAUCUACAGUUCUAUAUUCCUUAUAUUAUCAUUCUGAAAUGCUCAUCGACAACGGCCAUUUUCCUUCUAAAGGACAAGAAACACAUAAUUGCAUAGAUUACAUUCCAGGAGUUCCUACAAUGCAUCAGAGGGACCUUCCAUCCUUUCUACAGGCAAAGAACAUGUCAGAGUUUAUGCUGCAUGUAAUAUUUCUGUCAAUGCAGAGCAACCGUGAAGCAGAUUGGAUUCUUGCAAAUUCUGUUUAUGAACUUGAAACAGAACCAGUAGAGUAUUCAUUGCAUUCUGCUACACCACUUUACACGGUAGGCCCUCUUUUACCAUCUGAAUAUUUAAGCAAUCACCCACCAUUAAAAUUCGAUUUUACAAAGUGGUUGGAUUCAAAGGCAGCAAAUUCAGUUCUCUACAUAUCAUUUGGUGGUGCAGCUCGUGUUUCAAAAGCCCAAAUAGAUGAAAUCGCCAUGGGUUUACUUGAAAGCAAAAUCGCUUUCAUUUGGACACUUCCUCCACAAACAAUGUGCAGUUAUGAUAGCUUGACAGAGAUUUUACCCCAUGGUUAUCUAGAGCAGAUUGAAGAUAAUGGUAUUGGUCAUGUUGUUCCUAACUGGUCUCAUCAUUUGCAUUACACGGUAUUAUCACAUCGUUCCAUAGGUGGCUUUGUUAGUAACUGUGAUUGGAAUUCAGUUUUACAGAGCCUGUGCAUGGGUGUUCCAUUGUUGGGUUUUCCUCUUUAUGCAGAUCAGUACACAAACUGCAAACUUAUAUCAGAUGUGAUGAAUAUAGGUUUGAAGAUAGAGCAUGGUGGUAUUAAUGGAGCAUUAGUUGAGAGAAUGCAGAUAGCAAGAAAGGUGAAGGCAUUGAUAAAUGGAAAAGAAGGGAGAAAAGCUAGGAAGAAGAUAAAGAGACUCAAACAUGUUGCUAGAAAGGCAGGUGGUCAAGGAGUAUCCUCUCAUAAGAAUUUUGACAACUUUGUGGAGGAAUUGACUUGUAAGGUACUGCAUGGUUAACAUCUCUCUAAAUCUGAAAACAAACAUUAGUCGUAGACUGCAAGAACUGAUAUGCCAUAUUGUGCAACACAUUAUUGUCUUUCCC